GACUUCCCUCUGCACAUUGCUUAAAACAGUAAAACCCCAUUCUCUCUCUCUCUCUCUCUACCCCCUGCGCAGGAGAAUCAAUCUGACCAUUCUCAUGGCGGACAACAAGCACGGCGAGGAGCAGCUCUGCACCCUCGAGAAGCGCGGCAACCUCUUCAUCCUCACCCUCACCGGCGCCGGCGAGCACCGCCUCAACCCCAACCUUCUCUCCUCCCUCCGGUCCGCCCUCUCCCGCCUCAAAUCCGACCCCUCCGCCUCCUCCUCCGCCCUCAUCACCACCGCCCACGGCAAGUUCUUCUCCAACGGCUACGACCUCGACUGGGCCCAGUCCUCCGAGCCCCGCCUCCAGCUCAUGUCCUCCGCCCUCCGCUCCCUCGUCCGCGACCUCAUCUGCCUCCCCAUGCCGACCAUCGCCGCCGUCACCGGCCACGCCUCCGCCGCCGGCAUGAUGCUGGCCCUCAGCCACGACUACGUGGUCAUGCGGCGCGACCGGGGCUUCCUCUACAUGAGCGAGAUGGACAUCGGGCUGGUGAUCCCCAACUGGUUCAUGGCCUUGAUGAGGUCCAAGAUCGGCGACCCGAGGGCCCAGCGCGAGGCGCUGAUGCGGGCGGCGAAACUGACUGCCGAGGACGGGGUGAGAAUGGGGAUUGUUGAGUCGGCCCAUGACGGCGCGGAGGCGACGGUGGCGGCGGCGGCCGAGCUGGGGGAGGCGUUGGUGUCGAGGAAGUGGGAUGGACGCGUGUACGCUGGGAAUCGGAGGGUGGUGCUGCGGGAGGUGCUGGAGGCCAUCGGAUCCGAUGAGACGGUCAAGAAAGUGGCGGAGGAUAAGGCCCGGUCGAAAUUGUAGUUGGGCUUUCUCUUGAGGCCAGUUUGGAGUGAUCUUGUGAAAUCGUUCGGCCCGUUGUGUCUUUAGAUGUACAAGAUGUUGUCCUGUGGGACCCUUGGUAUUGUACGUAUUAGAGUAUAAUAAGGUGGCCGACAAAAAGAUGAGAUCGUCCUGUGGGGCACUUGCAAAAUGAGAACUUUACAAUUAUCAAUUACUGCAAUUAUAUGGUAAUAUCGGUAUUUUUUGUGUUGUACUUAUA